GAUCUCCGAAGUUUGGAUUAUGACAACAAAAUCAUCCUAAAACAAACUUUUUUUUUCUUUCUACAAUUCUAUCUAUCUUUGCUGCCAGCAACACCAAAAGGAAAAAAAUUAUAAAUAGAAAAAUGAAAUAAUGUAUCCAAAGGUGAAAGUGAAACAACAACAAGAGGAAGAAGAAUUACAGGAUCAUCAUCAUCCAUCAGAGGAAGAGUUUCAAAGGAUUUUUUUGAAGGAUUUUAAAUCUAUGUCGACUUCUUUGUAUCACCAUCAUCAUCCAUCUAAUUCUAAUUCUAAUCCUAAUCCUAAUCCUAAUCCUAAAUCCCCCCCAGAACAUAAACAUGGUUACACACCACCACACGUCAGGGUUCCUAUCUCCGGUGCCAAUAAGAAGAUAUCCUCAACCAGCAGCAGCAGAAGCAAAGUAGUUAAUAAAAACAUCAUCACAGGCGACGAGGUAACUAAUUAUACCGAAAAGCCACCUUCUUCUGUCCUACCGGCACCACGCGCUGUUUUAUCCAGUCCAGGUACAAUCAUUUAUAUAUUCAUUCACCGCAAUAAGUACUACUUAAGUUACUUACAUCUCCCUCUUCCUCAUGUAAAAAUUGGUUUUUUGGAUGUUAUUGAUCGAGCAACCAGAGAAUGAUGCAAUGCUCGGAGCCAAAAAAAUUACAAAAACACUUCUACAUCCAAACACACGUAACAGGUGCAACCAACUCCACGACAGAAGCAAAACCAAAAGCUCAUGGAAAUAGCAAUAACAUGGAAACUUUUAUUAUUAUUAUUAUUAUUAUUGUUAUAUUAUGUAUUGUUCCAUCCAUCAAGUUAUAUAUAGCUACGUUAUUGUUGUUU